AUGGUCUCUUUUUCUUGCGAGGCCUGUGGAGAUGUCCUGACGAAGAAAAAACUCGAUCCUCACCGCAAUCAAUGUCGAGGCGCAAGCUUCACCUGCUUGGACUGUAUGAUCCAUUUCCAAGGGCAGGAAUAUCGCGCUCAUACUAGCUGUAUCAGCGAAGCCCAAAAGUACCAGGGCGCCUUAUAUCGACCCGACAAGAAGGAAAAGAAUAGACAAAACAACCAGAACAAUUCCCAUGCCGUCGUACCGCAUUCAGCAUAUGUCGAAGAUGCGGAGGAUGAAUACAAUCAGGAUACACAGCUCGCAGUCGUCGAGGCUCCCCCACCAGAAGCACCUUCACCACCCUCAGCUGCUCCAGGCUAUGGGAUGUCCCCCGAUCCAGUAAACGUUUUCGACUUUCUCGUCACCAGCGAAACACCAAACGGUUCUCGCAACGAAUUACCCGCUCCAGAACCGAUGGUAAUGAUUGAGGAUGUUCCAGACGAGAGUCGCGACCGAGAGCUUGUACGAGUACACUUCGAAGACUACCAAGAUGUGGACCAGAGUGUGACGGACCUUGUACAAUACGGCAGCGCACCAAUCCAGUCACAGUUUGAAACACCAGCGCCCAAAGGAGAACGCGAACGUGAACGACGGAGGGAACGUAAGGACCGCGAUCUGACGAGGGAAGAAAAGAAGGACAAGAAGCGCAAACGUCUUCAUGUUGAAACAAGAGACCUAUCGCCAAAGCACGACGAGGAAAUGACUGAUGCUCCACCUGUAUUACAUUCCGGAUUGACCGGUGGUCUCAAUCGACUAUUAUCACGUCCGUCAGUGUUCCCACCUUCUCCAGAUUAUUCCGGCGGGGAUGCAAAUGAUGCAUCUCCUGGUAGCCCGUUGAAGAAGACGAAAAGCUCCAAGAAACGUGGCCGAAGUCGUGUUGACACCAUCAGCAAUAAUAUCAUGUCGCUGAUCAGCACACGUCGCGAACAUUCUUCAGAAGAAAGACCGAAACGAAAGCAUCGAAAACACCGAGAGGCAUCAGCACGGCCUUCGAAAGCAAAGAUGAUCGAGUACAAGCCGAUGCACGAGAACGCUGAUAUCAAGGACGAUUCACAAGUUGUACUCUACAAACCUCGAUCAGAAAUAUUAUUAGACUUUGUCAAUAAAGGUCCAGAUAGCGAACGAGGGAUGAGCAUGCACAAGGCACUCAAGGCGAUACCACCGAGAGCGCACAGCGUCAGGUAUGGCAUUAAGUAA